AGUUGUUGAACUGGAGAGGAAGGGGAAGGGGAGGGGUCAGUAAAGUUUGUUGUUGAUUGUCAGCCAAAUGUUUAUAUCCUCAACUGUCAUGUGAAUGAAUUAUUUAAUCCUCUUUCGCAGUUAUCUUUUGAAUGGAAAAUGGCGUAACAAUAAUUUUGCUAUAUUAUUUCGUUACUCCAUUUGCUAUCUGCUUCCACUUGUCUACUGCUAGUAUCUAACCUAUAAGUUGUCACCGGUAUGGGUUCUUCAGACACUUUUAAGUCUCUUUGCCUUGAGUAUGGUUUUGCUUUAAUACUGCGCAUUUGGCUGUAUAAUUCUGAAUUUAAAGCUACUGUUUCUGGUCGAGUAGAAGUAUCUACACCAAUAAAUUCAUGGAAGAAAGUGACAGAAGGUGUGGCCUUGUACAAGGAUGGGAUCAAUCCAUACAGUGGUGAUAUGUUUCAUGAGAGCCCUGUGGGAUUGGUCAUUUACAGCCAGCUAAUUGAUCAAGCAACUCCUUAUCUAUCUGCUAUUUUUAUCAUCUUUGAUCUCCUAACUGGUCAUCUAUUGUACCUCACUGCAGUUGAAUACAUGAAACAUCUAAUGAGGCGCCAGAAUGAGGAUAAGGAUGAGUACAGCGAAGAGGUAAAAGAACUCUUACUUACAGAUAAAGAUGUCAAAAGACAGCCACUGUACGUUGUAGCUGCAUACUUAUUCAAUCCAUACAUUUUAUUCAAUACUGUUGCUCAAACUACUACAGUCUUCAGUAACUUCUGCCUUGCUGCUUCAUUUUUCUGUAUGGUCAAGGGUAAUAGACCUGUUGUGUGUUUAUUUUUAUCCCUGGCAACUCUACAGUCAUUGUACCCAAUAGUGCUCAUAGUACCUGCUGCUAUAUGCAUUGGAUAUCAUACUCUACCCCCUGUAAAUAAAUCAAAGUCAGUCACAUCAAAAUUACCAAAAAUUUAUCAAAAAAUUUUACCCAGAGCUUUGCAAUCAACAAAUUCAGAUCACUGGGUUAGGUCUAUGGCUGCUACAAUUGGGCUAUUUGCAGCAAUGACAAGUAGUUUGUUGGUCCUUUCUUGCUAUAUCAGUGGAGGAUGGGAGUUUGUCCAUUCUGUAUAUGGCUUCAUGUUGCUUGUACCAGACCUCAGGCCAAAUAUUGGUUUAUUCUGGUAUUUCUUUACUGAGAUGUUUGAACAUUUCCGCCUGCUAUAUUUAUGGGCAUUCCAGAUGAAUGCUCUAGUUUUAUAUCUUCUGCCAUUGUCCCUACGGACUCGUCGAGAUCCUGUACUACUUGCAGCAACACUUACUGGUAUUACAGCAAUGUUCAAAUCUUACCCAAGUCUUGGAGACGUUGGUUUUUACUUGGCACUCCUUCCCAUGUGGGCCCAUAUUUUUCCAUAUUUACAACAAGGAUUUAUUGUCUUGGCUGCAUUUAUAAUAACAUCUGUAUUGGGACCAACUGUGUGGCACCUAUGGAUUUAUGCUCGUUCAGCAAAUGCAAACUUUUACUUUGGUGUCGGUUUAGCUUUUGCUAUUGCCCAGAUCUUCCUCAUAACUGACAUCUUGCUGUCCUACACUAAGAGAGAGUUCAUUCUUCGUCAAGUCUCAGGCAGUGUUUUCAAUGGGAAACAUCGAAAAUUGGUUUUAGCUUAGUAUUAUUAAAAUUUCUUUAAUAUUCUUA